AUGGAACAAAGGAAAAAAGUAGUUAAUGAAUUAGCAACUACAGAGAAGACAUAUUCAGAUAUGUUACAAUUAGCUAUUAACAUAUAUUUUCAACCAAUACAGAAAUCAAAUAUCUUAGAUAAGAAUGAAUUUGAACAAUUGUUUUGUAACAUUGAAACAGUUGCAAUGAAUUCGAUGUUAUUAUGUUAUGACCUUCAAAAAAGAGAGUCUAAUUUUGAACAACAUGAUAUUAUUUGUGAUGUUUUAUUAUUUCGGAAAACAUUAUUUGAUUGUUAUAAUGAGUACAUUAGGAACUAUGACCGGGCGAUAGAAAGAUAUGGCAAGUUAUUAAAUAAAAAGAAGUUUCAAGAAAUAUCAAAACCAAAUGACAAAUGUUCAUUGGGUUUAGGAGGAUUAUUAAUUACUCCUGUACAAAGAAUUCCAAGGUAUGUUCUUUUAAUGAAGGAAUAUAUGAAAUGCACACCAAAGGAACAUCCUGAUUAUUUAAAUGCAGAAAUUGCUUUAAAUAUUUUUCAACAAUUAGCAAAUGAAGUAAAUCUCACAAUGGCUGAUGAACAAAAUAGAGAACGUCUUCAAAAGAUAGUAACGAGAUUUGCAUCAUUACCAAUAAAUAUUUCAAAUUAUAUUUUAGAACAACCUCAUCUUUUAUUAAUAGAAGGAAUGUUAAAUAAAUAUUGUAGAAAAGGGAUAAAAAAGAGAGUAUGUUUCUUAUUUUCUGAUCAAGUAUUUAUCUAUGGAUCUCCUGGUGUUGGGUCACAAUUAUCUUAUCAUAAUACAAUUAAACUUAUUGCAUUUAAAUCAAUUAAAGAUACUGAUAAAAAAACUAAUGUUAUUCAAUUAAUUGGAAAAGAAAAAGCAUUUAAUCUUAGUGCUGAGUCUUUACAAAUUAAAAAAGAAUGGUUAAGUCAAUUGUGUUUUGCCCUUACUGGAGAACAAAAAACUGAAUUUAUUGAAGUUGAUGAUGAAGGGAGUGAAGAUGGUACAACAGUUAUUAUGACGAAUGAAGAAGAAGUAACUGAAUGUAUGAAAUGUAAAGUACAUUUUAAUUUAACAACAAGAAAGCAUCAUUGUAAUUAUUGUGGAAAAGUUUUUUGUGAUAAAUGUCUUAGUUAUAGAAUAGUCCUUCCAAAACAAUUACAAGAAUCUAAAGUUUGUGUUGAUUGUUAUGAUAAAAUAAAGAAAAUAGAACCUCCUUUACCAUCGAUUCCACCACCAAGAAGAAAAAGUUUAUUUAUUCAAAACACAACACAAUUUAAAAAAAGAGAACCUCCUCGAAUGAGAAAAUGUGGACAAUUUCUAGUUCGUACACCAUCAAUAAAAAAUUUUGGAGAUAAUGGUUUAGACUCAAUUCAAAAUUAA